GUUUACAAUAGAUGCGGCAGGCGCAGUUCCAAUUUCCUGCCCAUCCCCUCGAUGGAUGCACAACGGAGGAUUAUUCGUUUUUGCUAUCGCAAAAAAGAUAGACGAAAUCAUAACCUCAUUGACGUAGAGAGUCAUAAUAAAUAAUGAAUUUUGUGCCUCAUCACGUGUAAACGGCGUCUGAAUAAUUUAACCCCUGCGUUGCUAAACGAGUGCACGUUCCUUUUUGUGCGUGCCCGUGGACGGUGCGUGCAACUGCAGCAUCAGUGAUGAAGCAUUUCGACCUUAAUCCGUAACGACGAUUUCUUCGCAGGCAAUGCUGCUUUGAUUUACGGUGUGUUAUAUGUAUAUUAUGUACAUUUGGUGAAAUGCAUCCUGUUUGGAUACCACCUACUUUUGGACUACGCCACCGUAUCACUCUGCCCUGAACCGCAGCACAUCACAUCAGCAUCGGCACAGCUGGACAGCGGGCACCUUUGAAGGCUGAUCUCUGGAAGCUCUCUGAGCUGUAAGCAGGCUCCAGAAUGAGUGGUCUUUUUGCCAAACUGGACCCACGGCGGAUCCAUUGGGGGGCAACCUGGUAUACCUUCCAGUCCCGCAUCCUGCGCACAAAGCCGGUGGAGUCUAUGCUGGAGAGCACAGGCGGCACUGGAGCUCAUGGCACUAAACUGGCACGUGUGCUCUCCACCGUGGACCUUGUUUCUCUGGGAGUGGGAAGCUGUGUGGGUACGGGCAUGUACGUGGUAUCUGGACUCGUUGCUAAGGAAAUGGCAGGUCCUGGGGUCAUUGUGUCUUUCAUCAUCGCUGCCGUGGCCUCCAUCCUGUCAGGUGUGUGUUAUGCUGAGUUUGGUGUGCGAGUGCCUAAAACCACAGGUUCAGCCUACACCUACAGCUAUGUGACAGUUGGCGAGUUUGUGGCUUUUUUCAUUGGCUGGAAUCUGAUUUUGGAGUAUCUGAUCGGCACAGCGGCAGGAGCCAGUGCACUUAGCAGUAUGUUUGACUCGCUGGCCAAUCACAGCAUCAGUGGCUUCAUGAUCAACCACAUAGGGACGCUCAAUGGACUGGGUAAGGGCGAGCAGUCGUAUCCUGACAUCCUGGCCCUCGUCAUAGCCAUCCUUGUGACUGUGAUAGUUGCUCUGGGUGUGAAGAACUCAGUGGGCUUCAACAAUGUGCUGAACAUCAUCAAUCUGUUGGUGUGGGUCUUCAUGAUGAUUGCAGGACUGUUCUUCGUCAGUGGGAGCAAUUGGGACGAGGGGCGAUUCCUGCCGUAUGGCUGGUCAGGGGUCAUGCAGGGUGCAGCUACCUGCUUCUAUGCCUUUAUAGGAUUUGACAUCAUAGCGACUACUGGAGAGGAAGCUAAGAGUCCCAACACCUCCAUCCCUUAUGCUAUCACUGCCUCUCUGGUCACCUGCCUCACUGCCUACGUUUCUGUGAGUGUGAUCCUUACUCUAAUGGUUCCCUACACUGAAAUUGAUACAGAAGCUCCACUGAUGGAAAUGUUUUCUCGACAUGGCUUCCAAACUGCCAAAUACAUAGUGGCCAUCGGCUCCAUUGCAGGACUUACAGUCAGUUUGUUGGGAUCCCUCUUUCCAAUGCCAAGAGUCAUCUACGCCAUGGCAGGAGAUGGUUUGCUCUUCAGGUUCUUGGCCCAAGUAAGUACAUACACAGAGACACCUGCCGUGGCCUGUGUGGUGUCUGGGUUCUUCUCGGCUCUGAUGGCUCUGCUUGUCAGCCUGAGGGACCUGAUCGAGAUGAUGUCCAUUGGCACUCUGCUAGCCUACACGCUAGUGUCGGUUUGCGUGCUAUUGCUACGCUACCAGCCUGAAGGAGACAUCCACGGUUUCGUCAAUUUUCUUUCAGAGCAGAAUUCAAAGCGUAAAGAGGGGGUGUUGGCCGAGUGCGAGAAGGAAGCCUGUUCACCGGUAAGCGAGGGUGAUGAUUUCGGAGGACCUCCCACAAACACCUGUGGAGCAAAGAACCUCCCUUCGCUAGGAGACAAUGAGAUGCUGAUUGGCAAGCCUGACAAAUCCACCUACAACGCCAGUCACCCAAACUACGGCACCGUAGACAUGUCCUCAGGUAUCGAAUCGGACGAGGCGGACAGUGUGUACCUGCUCAAACUGAAGAAGCUGCUUGGGCCACGCUAUUACACCAUGCGCAUUCGGCUUGGCCUGCCGGGCAAGAUGGACCGGCCCACUGUGGCCACAGGUCGCACCGUCACCCGCUGUGUCAUUCUGCUCUUCAUUCUCAUUUUCUCUUUCUGUUCCCUCAUCAUCUUCGGGUCGGGUCAGAUCGCAGAGGGUCAAUGGUGGGCCGUGCUACUGCUGGUGAUAUUGUUGCUUGUCAUGAUGCUCUUAAUCUUCAUCAUCAUUCAGCAGCCCGAGAACCCCAAGCGUCUGCCCUACAUGGCUCCCUGCGUUCCCUUCGUCCCAGCCUCUGCCAUGCUGGUAAAUGUUUAUCUCAUGCUCAAGCUGUCCAGCAUCACUUGGAUCCGUUUUGGCAUGUGGUGCUUUGUGGGUGUUCUGAUUUACUUUGGCUACGGCAUGUGGAAUAGCACCCUGGAGAUCACGGCUCGUGAGGAGGAGGCCCACGCCAGCACGUACCAGCGCUAUGACAUGGGUGUGGACGACAAUUUUGCAGCUGAUGAUGAUCUGCAUCCUUCAGGAGACGGCGGCCAGUUCCAAAGCUGGAGCUCCCAAUAGGGAAGAGGCAGCCACCAAAAACAGCAACACCAGGAGCAACACCAUCUCCAGGACAAGGCAGACAACAACAGGACCUCACACAGCAGGGCCAAAAGCAAAGCUACCAAAGCCAGUCCAGGCUUUGAGGCGCUGGUGGUUGAUGAUGAUUUGGACGAUCCUCUGGAAUGAGAAUGUAAUUUGAAUGUACCCGUGACUGCAGAACCCUUGGGCUAGGUUGUUAUCUCUGCAAUGAAUAUUUAUAUCAUUCCAUUUCUUCAUUUGCAGCCUUUUUUCACCAUUGGUAGGAUAAUCUCAGUGGUUAGGGUGUAUUUAAUAUAUCUUUCAAACGCAUUAUAAAACUUUUGGAUAUUUUAAAAUAUAACAUAGCUCCCAAAUAGUCCUGAGUUAUAGUUGUAUUUAGAGUAGUGAACUCUACAGACUCACCAAGCACUUAAACAUGUCCAGUUUAUGGGUUCAUUUAAUAGCACCCCACCCCCUGAAGUACAAUGGCGAGCAUGAAAUGUAUUGUCAUCUAGCGGGUAGUUUACAGUUGCCCUGUCAGCUAUCACAGUCCCUCAGCUUCUCCUGAAACAAGCCUCGUAACUGAGAAGAGGGUCAUUUUGCUUAGGUCUCUUUCUCUGUUUCACAUCUGUUCACUUUCUGUAUGUGGGGUCGAUUUAAAACCAGCCGAAAUGUUGCCAUUCAAAGCCCCUUGCUGCAAAAGUUCACUUUAAAACCAACCGAUUUGCACAAACUUGUUAUUUGAAUAACUUUGCUAUUCUUGCUUCAGAUAUUUUCCUCCUUAUAAACGCCAUGAAACGCAAAAUGCUAGGACAGACGUUUAAUGGCCUCCAGUUGAUUCUUCCAUGUUAACAUCUAGCCCAAGUGAGGUUUGGACCGUAGGUUGUCACAAAUAGUAAUUGGACUUUGCUUGCAAUAGUGCCUUCAUCUGUUAAUGUGCGAUUUAAAUAUGUCCAUCAAAAUGUCCAUGCUUGUUUGUUUAGCAUUUUCACAUUUUCGUUUGAUGUCGACGUAAGGAGGCAUUGCCAUGCUGUAGGUUUGUUUCCCGGUCAAGGUUCUUACACGUGUGCCUGUCAGUCUUCAUUUUUCACCGCUCCAUCCAUCUUAUGCCAGUGAUUCCAGUCCAUCCUUGCAAGCAGGCAGCUCUGUGUAAAUACCAACAGUGUGACCGCAGUACGAUUUGUCUUUCAGCUGGUUAGUGUAUAUUCCCUUCGAAAAAAGACAGAGGCUACAUGAAGUGCAUGUAGUGAGGAGCGUGUUGUGAAUUUUUAUCUGGGUGUGCUCUUCUGCUGUUCCCUCCCCCAUGAUUCACGUGGCGUCCGACUGAUUUGUCCAAUCCAACUCUAUCUGUGUUGCAGCUGUGCCAGCCGAAAAGUCAAAAAGAAAAA